UGGCAGCUGUCAAACAGGGGAUAAACGCUUAAUACAAGGGUGAAAAUGGUGAAAACACUCGGACACAGUGUUGACAGAUAAAUGGCUACGUGAUUUCCGACCUAAAUAAACAGCUAUUCACCCUUGAAAUAGGCUAAGACAAAAAUAAUAUGGCUUGCAGCUGAAAACUGGGAUGCAGUGACCAGAAUGUCUCAUAAAGAAGAAUCAGAAGAAAAGAAAUGCUCACAUCAGACAGAGCUGUACAUAGAUGUACCCUCAACAUGCCUUCCUAUUGUCUACUCUCCAGAAUACAAUAUCACCUUUAUGGGCCUUGAGAAGCUCCAUCCUUUUGACGCUGGCAAAUGGGGAAAAGUCAUCCACUUUUUAAAAGAGGAGCAGUUCAUUAAGGAUGAGGACAUAGUGAUGGCACGGGAGGCGACGGAGGAGGAUCUCCUGGUGGUUCACACCAAGCGUUACCUGAGCAAACUCAAGAACCAUAUCUUGGAAGGCUCAAGAGAGUGGUCGUUGGUGGUCGCUACCAUCACAGAGAUCCCGCCUCUUCUGUUUCUACCAAACUUCCUGGUGCAACGCAAAGUGCUGAGACCCUUACGCACUCAAACGGGCGGGACCAUCAUGGCAGGAAAGCUUGCCGUAGAUAGAGGAUGGGCAAUUAAUGUAGGGGGAGGAUUCCACCACUGCUCUAGUGACAAGGGGGGAGGCUUCUGUGCAUAUGCCGACAUCACAUUGGCCAUCAAGUUUCUGUUUGAUCGGAUGGAGGGAGUUGCCAAGGCCACCAUCAUUGAUCUGGAUGCUCAUCAGGGAAAUGGACACGAGCGGGACUUCCUGGAUGACAGGAGAGUGUACAUAAUGGAUGUGUAUAAUCGCUACAUAUAUCCUGGGGAUGGAUAUGCCAAGAGGGCUAUUAAGAGGAAGGUGGAGCUGGACUGGGGCACUGAGGAUGUUGAGUACCUCCAGAAGGUGGAGCUCCACUCUGAGGGUGCACUGAAUGAGGUUCGACCAGACGUUAUCAUUUAUAAUGCCGGAACAGACAUCUUGGACGGAGAUCCACUUGGAGGACUAGCCAUAUCCCCACAGGGCAUUAUAAAAAGGGAUGAAAUUAUCUUCCAAGCUGCUCGGCGAAGGGGGAUCCCCAUACUCAUGGUCACAUCAGGGGGCUACCAGAAAAAGACUGCCCGCAUCAUCGCUGACUCCAUCCUGAACCUGCGUAGAAAGGGCUUGAUAGGUGGAGAGGCUGUUGAUGAGGCAGGACCUUCGCUUGUUCCACUCAUGAUGAACAAGUCUUUGUCAUCAAGGGAAACUCUUAACAUUAUUUAA